AUGGACUUGGCCCAGGAUCAGGCAAGCCGACUCAGACACAUGUGGCUGCUGUCAAUCAAAGAAUCAAAUAUGAGGAGGAAAGAAGAUCAUUCAGUUGGAAAGGUCAACAUGCAUCUGCUCCUGUAUUGCCGUGUUGGAAUUGGUUAUCAUCUACAGAUCCAGCCCAAUGGGACUGUAAGCGGUGUGCAUGAACCUACUAAGCACACUUGGUUGAAGAUGUUUGCAGUGAAACCUGGAGUAGUGGGAAUUCGUGGAGUAAAGAGCAGACUGUAUCUAUGUAUGAAUAGAGAAGGAAUUGCACAAGGAAUGACAAACUUUUCACCAGACUGUCUAUUUAAGGAGCACCAAGAGGAGAACCACUACACAACAUACUCAUCCGCAACUCAUCCAGGUCUAUACCUGGCCCUGUCCCACCGAGGACACCUCAGGAGAGGAGGCUUGGUGGGUCAACACCAUUCCAGCAGUCACUUUCUGCCUCGCAAAGUCUCAGUGAGCUAA